AUGUAUUUAUUAUUAUUAAUUGAUAAACAAUUAAAUUUAACAUUUAAAAUAUGCUUACUUGAUUUAUUAGCAUUUUUUGCAUCAAUUGAUACAGAUGAAAAUUUAAAUGAAGAUAAACGUCAAAAAUGGUCAAAUGAUCUUUGCUGUACACAAGAAUAUCAUGAAUAUCAAGCAGCUAUAAGAAAAAUUCUUUCAGCAUUUGAAUUAUCAUCAUCAUUUAUAUUAUUUGAAUUAUUAAUAUGGAUGUUAUGUUGUGAACAACAUCAUAUAUUUGAAGAAGAAAUUUUAUUAUCAAUAAGUCGUUAUGUUAUUAAUUUAAAUAAUUAUAUUAAACAAACAAAUUUACUUGAUUAUAUUUAUUCAAUAAUAUAUGUUAUUGAUGAACUUGAUGCUAAACUUGAUUUAACAUCACAAACAUUAAUAUCAAUGUUAAUAAAUAAAGUUUGUACAUAUCGUUUACUUAAUCAUAUGUAUACAAUAUUAAAUAAAGAUGAUAUAUUUGAUGAAGCACGAAAAUUUUUAAAUGUUGAAAUACCAAUACCAGCUAUUCAAAUUGGACCAACAUUUGAUGAUAAAGAAUUAACUAAACAUAUUAUUACACGUGCACGUACGCAAUUUGUUGAUGGAAGAUUAAUGAAAUCUAUGGAUGUUAUGUUAGCUGGAAUAAAUACAAAUGAUAAACAAAUUAAAUUACAUUUAAUACAUUCAUUAGCAGCAAGUUCAUUUAAUUGUCUUAUUUCAUUACUUAUUUAUACACAAACAGAAGCUUUACUUUAUAAAACUUUUAUUUUUGAUGCUAAUCCAGCUAAGGUAAAUCAUAUGUUUCAAAGAGAAUAAACCAUGUACAUUAAUAGAACUUUGACUUGAU